UGCAGCAAUUAUUCUAGUGACUAUGACAGCUAUAAAAAUGACUAUUACAGUGACAGAAAUAGAAGAGCAGAGAAUGGAGAGCUGCAGCAUCCAAGGAAAGAUACUUACAACUCGCAUGGCUACUCAAGAUACCUUGAUAGAGAUGUGGAUGAUUGGAAUGACCAUAGCUACCCACGCAGCAUCUCCUAUUUUAACAGUCACGAAAGGAUGUCUGAGUUCGACUAUAUUUCAAGGACAGACCAAUAUAAAAAGCGGUUUAGAAGCGAAUCAAGAGGAUACUACAGUUCAAGUGACCAAGCAUAUUCCAGAUAUAAUAAGGGGAGGCAUGCGCCAGCCGAUCCAAGCAAUACCAUAGGAAUAUUUGGAUUCAGCCACUACACGACGGAAGAGGAUGUGAGAAAGCUUUUAAAGGACAAAAUACCGCAUAUUGAAGGAUAUAACUGCAAAGUGAUCAUAGAUGAGAGGACAGGGUUUUGUAGGGGAUUCUGCUUUGUUGAUUUCAAGUGUUUGGAAGAUGCAGUAAAUGCCAGGGAUAUUUUGAAUUUUGAUAGUUUUCGGGGGCUGGACCUUAAGUGUGAUUUUAGCUACAAGCAGAGAGCAGUAGUUCAAUGA